AUCCCCCUGCUAGUCAGAGACCGGCUUGCAGCCGAUGCGCUUCGAGUCACCUGCCGUAGCACGUCCCUCGCAUUUCUCUUUCGUGUCUCGCGCGAGUCGAUUUAGCCGAGUCGCCGAACCGAUCAGUUGAAUUCGGACGAGCGUGUGGUGAGGAUCGGUUCUUGUCUCGCUCCUCAACGGAAGCUCGAGUGCUGGUUCUUCUUCGGAGCAAGGAGGCCUUUCACUUAUGUGUGAAGAAACAGUGCAGUGACGUUGCCGCGUACUGUUGUCUCGCGCGACUUCGGCGAGGGUGUGAUUGUUGGAUUAACACUGUAAAUGAGUGAUACCCGUACGAGAAGCGAGAGAAGGAAGAUGCUGUAAGCAUCUCCCCAGUGGCAUCGCGUCAAUAAAUCAGAGGAACGCUUCAAGUGCCUUUACGCAGUAUCGAACCACAGUGGCAAAAUGCUUGUCGACGAGGUGCCGCACGAGGUGCCACACGAGGUGCCGCACGGCUUCAUGAAGAAAAACUACAAUUACAGUCAUUGCCCUUUAAAAAAGCGGCCGUUUUAUUACACGUCCGAGGAUGGAAAAGAAGCUCCCGAAGCUAUCAAAGAAGAAAUAAUUGACGUAGGGGUGGACGAUAUCCCCGAGCCCGAGAAUCUCAGCACGAAGCCCGAGGAUCUCAGCAGAACUGCGGAUCGUCAUCAUAGUCCCCAUCGACAACAGCAACAGCUGCAGCAACAACAGCUGCAGCAACAGCAACAACAGCAAGAACAGGAACGCGCGUCCAGCAGGAUGCCGCCUCCGAUCUUCAAGACGUCUCCUCCACCUUUGACGAUAGAGCCGUCCUCGCCGACGACUCACCACGCGGUGCACUACGUCCACCCGUUGCACUAUCACCAUCACUAUCCGACCAAGACUAUUACGCCGCCAGCGGGAAUCGCGCCGACCCACCAUCCGAUGGUGAAGAAGGCGCGGGUCGAAGUGAUCCAGCAUAAUGACAAUUCCACGACGACGCCGACGGUGGGUGUGACGGCGACGUCGACACCGUUGCACUUUAUGGCGAGCAAGGCGCCCCUGGAGCCGCUGAAUCUAAACCCGCCGAUGGAGCCGUUGGCUCAUUAUCCUACGUCAGCCUGGGCCCGCGGUUCGCUGUACCCGUCGCAUUAUCUGUCGUACGCCCCGCCUACCUAUCAUCGCUAUCCCGGAGCGGAAUUGUACUCGCCGUACCCGGUACCGGCGUAUCCGCACUCUCCGGAGCAUCAUCCGUCGGUCUCGCCACCACCCCACGGCGCGCUGACCUGCUCGACGAUCCAACGACCCAUCGCCAGGAGCUACCCUCACUGGAGCAGUCCGGAGCAUUGCGGUUUGUCACCGACGAGCUCCGUGGGUUCCGGCUCUCUGCGAUCCCCGCCUCCCGUGACGCCGGAAGAUCUCUCCUCGCCGAGCAGCGAGAGCGGCAGGUCGUCCGCCGGUAGCACCUCCGCCGGGACCUCGAUUACCGUCAACACGAAAAUAGAGAAGAGCAGUCCGAGCACCGGCGCGAGUGCCUCCUCGAGCACAACGUCGUCCAGGUACCCGUGCUCGGACUGCAACAAGUCGUACUCGACGUAUUCCGGCUUGUCGAAGCACCAGCAGUUUCACUGCGCGGCCGCCCAAGGCCAGGCGAAGAAGUCCUUUUCGUGCAAAUUCUGCCAGAAGGUAUACAUCAGCUUGGGCGCGCUGAAGAUGCACAUCCGAACGCACACGUUGCCCUGCAAGUGUGUUACGUGCGGCAAAGCGUUCUCCAGGCCGUGGCUGCUUCAGGGUCACAUCCGGACGCACACCGGCGAGAAGCCGUUCCGGUGUCAACACUGCAAUCGCGCGUUCGCCGACAGGAGCAACCUCAGGGCUCACCUACAGACCCACAGCGACGUCAAGAAAUAUUCCUGCGACAGGUGCAGCAAGACGUUCAGCAGGAUGUCGUUGCUCACGAAGCAUCAGGACGGCGGCUGCCCCGGCGUGCCGGUGUCAGUCGGCUACUCCUGCUAAAAUCUCGCGUUUCUGUGACCAUGCGAUAAACGUAUGUCGCUCGUUUUCAUUUCGCGGUCUCAAAGUGCCUUAGAAUGCAGUACAAAUGUCGAGUUAGUGGAGUCCGGUGAGUCGCUCACUUGGUGAAUCGCUCGCGCAAUGUCGAUUGACCCUUUCGCCAUCGGACUAUGUCCUUUCGGAAAAGUGAGCUUUAGGGAAACUAAAGUUUUCGUUUAGGAAAAUAUUCUCCGAACAGUUGCAAUUUUUAUUCUGACCUCAUUCUGAAAGUAAAAGUCAUUCGAUUUUGUCAUUUUGAUUCUCGCACAAGUGGCGAAAGAACUCACAAUUCCACGCGUUCUUCUCACGUAUACUACUCGGUCAUAUCGAACACGCGCAUUACUGAAAAGUUGACUCGUCAGACAGGUAUCUCGAAAAGUUCCGUGAGAGUUGGUUUCGUUUGUUUAUUAUCCCUCGCUGUAAAUAUCGGUAUACGAAUGCGCGGCAUGCAGCGAUUCACAAAAUACUUGUCUCUUAAUUGCUCAACUUCAAUUCCAAAUUUUGUUUGUAGAGAAAAGCCAGGAAUUUUUCACAAAAAGAAAUAUAUUAUUAUUCCGAGGGAGAUCCCGUCCAGGAGGAAUAUCAAUCUUUUGAGGCCUGCAAUUAAGAAAUAAGUAGUCCUGUGACUCAUUGUAUGAGCGUGCUGACGAUAUAAUAGUACUUAGAGAUUACUUCGUCCUUCCGAGAGAUCGGUCACGUCGCUCCGAGCACGUGAGGAAUAUUGAUUAUAAAAAGCUGCUCGAUCUCCGCGCGAUGCGGUCCCGUGAAACUGCUGUGCCAUUUUUUUUUCAUUUGUUCUAAUGCACUCGAGCACGUAAAACGCGAUCAUGAAACAAGAUCGAGAAAUAGGACGAUUUGCACGUUUUCUUUUUUUUCUGAGUUAUUUUUCAUUUCGUUUGUCGGCGUGCGAGCGCAUUUAUUUAUCAUCGUGACUCGAUCGAAACUUAUUUAUAUUAAUGACAUAACGAUCUUUUGCAGUUUCGGUGGAAAAGAAAUCGUUUCAAGUAAAACGAGAGAUAAACGCGGAGCUUCAUGCAAAUAUUGAGCCGCGUGAAAUAUUAAAAGCAGGGUGCAUGUUAAAUGAGUGACGUAAUUUUUGGAAGAUAAAAUUAAGAGCCAUCACGCUGCGACGCACCAAAGUGCCAUUCGCGAAACCGCCGCGCGUCGGGCGGAAUCUCAUUCGCGCGCUCGCACGCGUUAACACGAUUGUACAUAGUUUAGCGCUUAACGGCUAGCGAGUAAAAUACGCACAAUACGAGUAUUGUAAUUCGCCCUGUAUCGGGCAAACUGGACCGGAAAGAGGAAAGGAAGGUAUUCGACGCGUGGAAUGGGAAAAAUGCAUGAGAUCUCGGGCUCCGGACUAUCAUUUUCUGUAUUUUGCAUUUCGCAAAUCCACCGUAAGUUCUUAAACAAACUAGUCAUUGUAUUAUACGCAAAGGAACAAAAGACUCGUUAUGAUUAUCGGAAAAAAGAUAUAGAGAGAGAUAGAUGUUAGAUCGAGCCACCGCUGCAUACUUUUACUUUUUAUCGUGCGUGUAAUUAGCAGCGUGGCUCAGGUGAGUACCACUAUUCCUAGUUUUGUAAAGAAAAUAAACUACUAUGAAAUACAGAUAUUGCCUAUGUAUAGAGAUAUUUUAUACGAAAUAAAUUACGUGGAUUUUAAA